AUGCAAGCCAAUGGCCAUGCUGACCACAGCAAAGACCAUCGCGCGACAAAGUAUGCGCGACAAGCAGAACAACUCGGUCGCGUCCAGCCAGGCGACGAAGAGGACGGCGAAGGCCCAUCGCAAGCGGUCAAGGCCAAGUUCAUCACUCCCCUCGAUCCAAUCCUCGUCACGGCGGAUGGCGGCCGCCUGCCCCCGAUUCCCGUCGACGAAGCGAAGCGGCUCAACGAAUUGCGCAAGGAAGUCCACAAGUCGUCCAGCUCGGGCUCCCUCCAUUCCUUGACGAAUGGCUUAAAGGCCGUCUACCGCGGUGUGCGCGGCGGCAGUAACCACGACGGCACAUCUCUCGCCGACUCCCUCCCGCCCUCUCGAACAAACCCCCUCUUCCCUCCCCUGCCCAUCUACGGCCCUCCCACCCUGCUCCGUGAGAUCCAAUGCUUCUUCUUCCGCAUCACCUCCGCCGUCCUCUCCCUCGCCUUCCUACUCACCAUCUUCGCCGGGACCGUCAUCUGCCAGAUCCCCCGACUCAUGCGAGACACCCGCAGCCGAGCAAUGCUGCAGAACCCAAGAAAACUUCGACCCUUUUAUGACGAAGAGAAGAAGCGCGCAUCCGAGAGAAAGGCCGCCGAGAAGGCGUGGAAGGCGCAACAGAAGAACCAGAAGAAGGGCUCGCACACGCCGCUGGUGGAGAAGGGAGCAAGUGUACCGCAAGAUGGCGAAUACGUGCCGACCGAGGGCGGGCCCGACCCUCUUUGCGUCGACAUUGCAUAUUACGCCCGCAGAGUCGGCCUCGAUGUGGAGAUCUUUGACGUGCAGACCGAGGAUGGCUUCAUCAUCGAAUUGUGGCAUGUCUUCAAUCCUCGAGAACAGUCGCGCACUUCAUCAUCCGGCCGCAAGAAUCGCGGUCCUGAAUUGUCCGAGUACCCCGUGUUGAUGAUCCACGGCUUGCUCCAAUCCUCUGGCGCGUUCUGCUGCAACGAUGACGACUCUCUUGCGUUUUACCUGGCCAAGUCCGGCUACGAUGUCUGGUUGGGGAACAAUCGAUGUGGCUUCGAACCCAAACAUACCAAGCUCGAAUAUACAGAUCCGAGGAUGUGGGCGUGGAAUAUCCGACACAUGGGCGUGCUCGACUUACCCGCUCUCGUCAACCGCGUGCUCGUCGAGACAGGCUUCCCCAAGCUCGCGCUCAUCGCUCACAGUCAAGGCACCACGCAGACUUUCGUGGCUCUCGCGAAAGAGCAACGACCGGAGCUGGGAGAGAAGAUUUCGGUAUUCUGCGCCCUGGCGCCUGCCGCCUACGCCGGCCCUUUGAUUGGCAAGAUCUACUUCCGCGUCAUGCGAACCAUCACGCCGGCCAUGUUCAGAAUCAUCUUCGGCAUUCACGCCUUCAUCCCCUUUAUGAUGUUUGCGCACAAGAUCUUCCCCGCACGCCCAUACUCCUUGCUGGGAUACUAUGUUUUUUCGCAUCUGUUCAAUUGGUCGGAUACAAGAUGGGAUCGCGGGUUGAGGGAUCGCAUGUUCCAAUGGGCACCGGUGUAUGUCAGCGCAGAGAGCAUGAGAUGGUGGUUAGGUCGCGAAUGCUUUGCGAAGCAGAGAUGCAUUCUCGCCACACGAGAAGAGGGGCGGCAGGAAGACAAGGAGGAUGAGGAGGACGAUGAACGCAACGUCAGCAGCUUCCACUGCCAGUCUCCGGUCCAUCUGCACCACGACACGACCCGCGGCAAGUUUGCGUGGUACAACGACCAAUUCCCACCUCUUGCGCUGUGGGUGGCGGGUGCGGACGAUCUGGUGGAUGGACGACGUCUCCUCCGCCGCUUCGACAGAGGCCGUGAGCCUCACGUGCGCGUGGUGCACAAGAAGAUCAUCGAGGGCUAUGAGCACCUUGACGUCAUCUGGGCCAUGGACUCGAUCGAGAAGUGUGGCAAGGAGGUGCGCGAAGUCAUCUGGCGCACUGUCGACCCCGAAACUGCCCUGCAAUGUCGCGUGCCGGUGGGCUGUGCGAAGCCGUUGGAAGAGGAUCCGGACAUUACUGAGGACGUGCCAAUGUUGCAUUCCGGUGGACGGCUGAGAAUGGCGAGUAUCAGUGAGGGCCUUCCUACAGUCUCAUCCUCCAGUCAGGAGCCUUCGUCUUCUCGGAGGCGCACGAGGACGCGGAGGGGCACGAAUCUGGAGACCACGGCGGAGACACACUUGGACUCGACCGCGGAGACGGAGGGCGAGCAUGACCACAUGGUAGAGGAGAAGGAGCAAUUCCAUCCGGCACAUUUGGAGGAGCCUGGAUUUACGGACAUUGCCGAGAAAAGCAAUCCAUUGGGAUAA